AUGGCUUCACAACACAUCUCGACUGGCCUCGAGAAGACUCAGCAGACUCUCGACGGCACAGUAGAAGGUGCCAAGGUGGCUGACCUGAAGAGAGAAACGAAAGACUACCAUGACCCCAAGAACAGACUCACGACCGACUAUGGCGUCAAGCAAAACACCACAGGUAUGCAUUCGCCAACCUAUUCCUCCAACACAGUACGAGACUGACAUCCGGCUAGACGAUUGGCUCAAGGUUUCCACCGAAGACAAGACUGGCCCAUCGCUCCUCGAGGACCAUGCUGCGCGUGAAAAGAUCAACCGAUUCGACCACGAACGCAUCCCCGAACGUGUUGUCCACGCACGAGGCUCAGCUGCCUUCGGUACCUUCAAACUGCACAAGAGCCUGGAGAAGUAUACCAACGCUGGUGUUCUGACCGACACGUCCCGGACUACUCCAGUCUUCCUCCGCUUCUCCACCGUCAUGGGAAGCCGUGGCUCUGCCGACACGGUACGUGAUGUUCGCGGCUUCGCGAUCAAGCACUACACUCCGGAAGGCAAUUGGGACGUUGUUGGAAAUAACAUCCCGCCCUUCUUCAUUCAAGAUGCGAUCAAGUUCCCAGAUGUCAUCCAUUCUGGUAAGCCUGAACCGCAUAACGAGGUCCCCCAGGCGCAGACCGCACACAACAACUGGUGGGACUUCCAGUUCAUGCACACCGAAGCUACCCACAUGUUCAUGUGGACUAUGAGUGAUCGCUCCAUCCCUCGGUCCUACCGAAUGAUGCAGGGGUUCGGUGUCAACACCUACACCCUUUUCAACGACAAGGGCGAGCGCUUCUUCGUCAAGUUCAUCUGGACGCCCCAUCUCGGUGUGCACAGUUUCGUGUGGGACGAGGCACUGAAGCUGGCUGGUCAGGAUCCUGACUUCCAUCGAAAGGACCUCUGGGAGGCCAUCGAGAACAAGGCAUACCCACGCUGGGACUUCGGUGUCCAAGUCAUCCCGGAGAGCGACGAGCACAACUUCGAGUUCGACAUUCUGGACGCCACAAAAGUGUGGCCGGAAGAUUUAGUGCCAAUCGAGUAUGUCGGUACUUUGGAAUUGAACCGCAACCCCGACGAGUUCUUCCCACAGACCGAGCAGGUCGCAUUCUGCACUGGUCAUGUUGUCCCUGGUAUUGGCUUCUCGGACGACCCACUGCUCCAAGGCCGUAACUUCUCCUACCAGGACACUCAAAUCUCUCGCCUCGGUGUCAAUUUCCAAGAGCUGCCAAUCAACCGCCCCGUCUGCCCGGUCAUGAACAACAACAGGGAUGGUGCCAUGCGUCACACCAUUACAAAGGGAACCGUCAACUAUUGGCCGAACCGAUUUGAGGCUACAAAACCAGCUGACAAGAGCGAGCAUCCGUAUUUGGACUACCCGGAGAAAGUGACGGGCAUGAAGAAGAGGCUGAGAUCUAAGAAAUUCGCUGAACACUUCAACCAAGCUCAGCUUUUCUACAACUCGCUGUCUCAGGCCGAAAAGUCGCACGUCCAAUCUGCUUUGGCAUUCGAGCUUGACCACUGCGAGGACCCUGUGGUAUACGAGCGCAUGUGCCAGCGCCUUGCCGACAUCGACCUCAGCCUGGCUCAGAACGUUGCCGAAUUGGUUGGAGGAACGAUUCCCCAAAAGGCCGGCCGCGCGAACCAUGGCAAGAAGGCCCCGGGUCUGUCCCAGACUGAAUACCCAGGCAAAACUCCAACUAUUGAGACUCGCCGUAUCGCCGUCAUCAUCGCCGACGGUUAUGACGCCGCAGCGUACAACGGCAUCGUGGCCGCCGCAAAGGCUUGUCAAGCGCUGCCAUUCACCAUCGCGCCGCGCAGAACCCCCAUCUACGCCGCCGGCGAAAGCAAAGAGACCGGCGGGGGUGUCAAGCCAGAUCACCACCUCGAGGGCAUGCGAAGCACCAUGUUCGAUUCCGUCUUCGUCCCGGGAGGUGCCCAAUCCAUCGCCACUCUGAAGCAGAACGGUCGUGCUCUGCACUGGGUACGAGAGGCUUUCGCCCACCUCAAGGCCAUCGGUGCCGUCGGCGAAGCCGUUGAACUCGUGCGCAUGGCCUGUGAGCUCGAGGGUAUGGAAUUCUCGACCAGCGAGGCGGUCACGGACAGCUAUGGUGUUGUGACCGCCAGCAAGGUGAAGCCGAACAGCUUCAAAGAGACGGUCAAGAUGGCCAAGGGAGCGGUUGAUUUCGUCGACGCCUACUUCUACGAGAUCUCGCAGCACAAGAACUUUGAGCGCGAGUUGAAGGGAUUCCCUACGAUGGUAGCUUAUUAG